UCAGACAAGCGGGAGUGACGUUUCCUUGCUCCCCCCCACCCGACCUUCCUUCCGCGAGAACAGAAGCAGAACCGAGCCCCCCGCCCCGCAACUCUCCGCUGGGGUCAGGAUGGAACGGCUAGACCAAUAGGCUCCUCCGCUCCCGCAAGUGUUCUAAAUUGGGCCGGCCCGCCCUCCUACGUUGCUUGGCAGCCGUAGCCGCCCCUCCCCCUUUUCAGGAACCGGAGCCCGGUACCAGGGUCGCCCCCUUCUUGCUCCCCACUUCGUCGGAGUGAUCUGCCCUGGUAGGAACUUCGCAUCCCCAUGACCCUUAGCCUCCUCGGUGACCUUCCCGGCCAGAACCCCUGGUCCCCCCGUGUCCUGGCUUCCUCCACUGGUUGGCCCUCCUCCCCACACCUUGAAAGGCACCCUCUUGACCCCACUGCAGUCUCUUCCGCUUCACUCCUUACAUACUGAAGUCUCCCCCUUCUGUCCCUUUAACUCAGGGUCCGCUUUGACGCCCCAGUCCCCCACCCCCACCCCUCUCUCUCCAAACUCACUAGUGCACCAUGCGCUUUUCUUUGGUUCUGUCGCUUCUGCGCCCUGUGGGGCCUGUAGUGGUUGGGGUGUCCCUGGGUUUCACGCUCAGCCUGCUCAGUGUAACCUGGGUGGAGGAGCCUUGUGGGCUCAGCCAGGGCAGCUUACGAGAUGGGGGCCUGGAGCAACAGCAGCACCAAGCAGGGCAAGGCAAUGCUGCCCGCAAGCCCAAUUCUGUGCCUGGGGGCCUGGGCAUGGAGCCUGAACAGAGCUGGGAGCCUCGUGUCCUGCCCUACAAGCCUCCAAAUCCAGACAAGGCUGCGAAGAAAACUAUCAGGACACGAUACAUCAGCACAGAGCUGGGCAUGCGGCAGCGUCUUUUUGUGGGCGUGCUGACCUCAAAGAAUACAUUGCAUUCACUGGCAGUGGCGGUGAACCGCACCCUGGGCCACCGGCUGGAGCGUCUGGUCUACUUCACAGGCACACGGGGGCGCAAAGUACCUCACGGCAUGAUGGUGGUGACUCAUGGUGAUGAGAGGCCCAUAUGGAACAUGUACCAGACCAUCAAGUAUGUGCUGGACCACUACGUGGCUGACUUUGACUGGGUGUUCCUCCUGCAGGACGACACCUAUAUGGAGGCCCAUCGGGUGAACCGCUUGGCCUCUCAUCUCAGCAUCGACACGCUGCUCUACAUGGGCCGGCCUGAGGAGUUCAUUGGUGGGGACACUCAAGGACGUUACUGCUAUGGUGGUUUCGGCUACCUGCUGUCCCGGGCCCUGCUCCUGCGCUUGCAGCCGCAUUUGGAAAGCUGCCGAAAUGACAUCCUGAGUGCCCGUCCUGAUGAGUGGCUGGGGCGCUGCAUCAUCGAUUACACAGGAGUAGACUGUGUGGCGGAGCAUGAGGGCCUACAUUACCAGUACUUUGAGCUUGGAAAGAACACUGACCCUGAGAGAGAGAGUGAUCCACGGUUCAAUGCAGCAUUCACUGUUCACCCAGUGCUGGACCCCGUUCAGAUGUACCGACUGCACAGGCACUUUGCCCGUGUAGAGCUGGAGCACACGUAUCAAGAGAUCCAACAACUACAGCUGGAGAUCCAGAACACCAGCAGCCUUUCUGCAGAUGGUGACCUGAGCGCCACGUGGCCCAUUGGCAUCACUCCCCCUUUUCAGCCAAAGACCCGCUUUGAGGUGCUUCGCUGGGAUUACUUCACUGAAGAGGCAGCUUUUGCCUGCGUGGACGGUGCCCCCAAGUGUGAGCUUCGAGGUGCAGACGCCGUGGAUGUGGCAGACGUGGUUGCUGCGGCAGUAGAGGAGCUGAACCACCGGUACCAGCCCGUGCUCCACGUCCGCAAGCAGCAGCUGCUGAAUGGCUACCGUCGCUUUGACCCCACCCGAGGCAUGGAGUACACCCUGGAUCUGCAGCUGGAGGUGGUGACCCAGAAGGGGCACAGCCGUUCACUGGCCAAGCGGGUGCAUCUGCUGCGCCCCCUCAGUGAGGUGGAGAUCAUCCCCAUGCCCUAUGUGACCGAGGCGAGCCGAGUCAAUGUCAUCUUGCCGCUGACGGCCUCUGAGCGGGACUAUGCCACACGCUUCCUUGAGGUCUAUGCCACAGCAGCCUUUGAGAAUGCCGAGAAUGCUGUGCUGACCUUCCUUUUCAUCUAUGACCCUUUUGAGGCACAGCAGGUGGCUCAGAAUGACGUCUUUGGGGCAGUGAAGGCCCACAUCACGGAGUAUGAACGGCGCUACACGCAGGUGAAGAUCCCCUGGAUUAGUGUCAAGACAGAUGCACCCUCCCAGAUCAAAGUGAUGGACAUCAUCUCCAAGAAGCACCCCGUGGACACCCUCUUCUUCGUGGCUGGCGUGAGCACCGAGGUCACCACGGAGUUCCUCAACCGGUGCCGCAUGAACACCAUCAACAGCUGGCAGGUUUUCUUCCCCAUCCACUUCCAGGGCUACAACCCCACUAUUGCAUUCCACAACCAGCCCUCACCCCUUUCUGGCCUGGACCUGGUACGGGAUGCCGGUCAUUUUGACCGUGAUGCUUUCAGCGAAGCUUGCUUCUACAACGCUGACUACAUGGCAGCCCGCACCCGCAUGGCCGCUGACGCCCAGGACAACGAAGACAUCCUGGAGACGAUGGACAUCUAUGACCUCUUUGUCAAAUACUCAAGUCUGCAUGUCUUCCGUGCGGUGGAGCCUGCCCUGCUGCAGCAUUACCGACCCCACAGCUGCAACCCCCGGCUGAGCGAGGAGCAGUAUCAUCGCUGUGUGCAGAGCAGCCUGGAGGGCCUGGGGUCCCGUGCGCAGCUGGCCAUGGUGCUUUUUGAGCAGGAGCAGGGCAACAGCACAUGAGAACUGGGCCGGGGCCAGCUGACCUCUCCCACUCCCCUCCCUUUGUGCCCGGAGUGGCAGAGGAAAACCAGAAGGCUCUGGACCAUGAGUGCUGUUUCGGCUGGCCUUCUGGGUCACAUUGUGGACAAUAGAUGAGAAGGGGAACCCCUGUGUUUCUCUUGCUCUGUUUGGCGAUGCGGCUCCCCCGUUCCCGGGCAGGCAGGACCUGCCUUGGGUCUUCCUCCCUCUGACUGCUCAGUGCUGCAGCUCCUGCCUUGUGGGUGGCGGGACUCUUGGAAAAAGGGCCUCCUACAUAAACUGCAGGGGGUGGGGGGUGGGGGGUGGUUGAAGGAGAGGAGGCAGGGCUGCUGGAUUGUGAGACAGAAGGGGAACGAGAAGACCCAGCCUCUCCGGAGCACCAUUCAGUCCUAUGGAUGCCAUGUUGGUGUUAACUUAAUGAACCCUCCAGACUGGUGUGGUGGGGAGGACAGAGGGAUCCCCUUUGUUUUUGUCCCAAGGACACCACGACUCAGGCUGCUUCAGCCUUUGAUUAGUGUUGAUAGGGGUAAAAGGGUGGUGCAGACCAGGCAAGAGCCUUCAGUGGGAGAGUCAAGCUGUGUCCCUGUUGCCAGGCUGGCUCUGGCAUGAUGGGGCGAUUCCUUUUUCUGCUGCAACGUACAGCAGCCUCUUUUGCCACCUCCUGGGCUGGUAGUUGGUGGACUUUCCAGUAUUGUAGCCAUGCUCAGUUGCCUAGAGCUCUCCAGCAGAGUGGAUUGUGUUGGUCAGUCUGGCGCUGGGACCAGGAAGCAGGCCCAGGAUGGGGGAGCAGACAAAACUCGGCUCUCCAGUGGAUUGAUAUUUAACAUGGGGUUGGUGACUAAAAUUUGUUUUGCAUUUUAAUAAAUUGAAGCAAAGCAUA